AUGAUGAAAUGGGGGAAAAGGAAACCUGUUUCUUCUGCUUCUUCUUCAGGGUUUUCUCGUGCUAAUCCUGUUUCUUGGUUUUCAAAGUUAAGUGGUUCUUCUGACUUGAAACCUGUAAAAGAGAAGAAGCAAGAUGAUGAAGCUAGCCAAAAGAUGUCUUCAAAAUCUUCCUUGAGUUCUAUGAAAAGUCGAAAUGAUAUUCAUGAGAGAAGCAAAAGGGUACAAAGAGUAUCAGCGGAGAAGGAGAACGCUGCAACAAGAUCAGAAAAUAUGGAAUCUAAUGAGAAGUUUGAAGAGAUAAUGAGCAGUGUGAGGAAGAAAGUAAGAGAUCUCCAAAGAGAGAGGCCUAGUUUUCAGGAAGUAGAGGCAAUGGAUAGAGACAAAGAAACAGUGAUCAUGACGCCAAGAAUUCAGAUAAACAGGGAUAGGCAGCAGAGAUGUGAGAGACGUGAUCAAAAGCUUCUUGAACAAAAGCCAAAGAGACCAGAACAGGAAGCAGAGGUCAAGGUAAAAAAACCAACGAGAAGGACAGGUGCAAGUAACAGUAGAGAGACUCUUGUGGCUCACCAGUGGCAGCAUCUCAAGGAAACAAAACUAAGCGAAGUGAAGCUGAAGGCUGACAAACAGAGGAAAUCUAUGUACCUAAGAAGGGAGCUAGGAACAAAAGAAAAAAGCAGCAAGGUUCGAGUCUUUUCACCAAGAUCAUCUGAAAAAUGCAGAGUUAAAGCUAUUGAAAACUUGAAGAAGGCUAAACUGAAGGCAAGGGAGCAGGAGCUAGAUGGAGGGAUGGAGAAUGAAAGCUUUGCAGUAGUGAAAUGCUCGAGCAAUCCUAAGAAGGACUUCAGAGAUUCAAUGAUUGAGAUGAUCAUGGAGAAUGGUAUCAAUCAGCCUGAAGAACUCAAAGAUCUUCUGGUUUGUUAUCUUAGACUCAAUAGUGAUGAGUAUCAUGACAUGAUCAUAAAUGUGUUUCAGCAGGUGCAUAAUGAUUUAUUAAUUUUGGUGUAG